CCUGGACAUAAAAAGACAUUCACAACAAAUUCACUUACCUAUAAGCCUAGUCUUUCUUGCUGAUCUCUACCCCAUACCUAGCCUGGUGCCUGAUACAUACAGUGAAUUACUUAAAUAUAGGUUGAGUGAGGGACUGAAAAGCCACCAUGAUUUGUCUCUUUUUGCAAAAUGUAGGAUUGUGCCCUCUAGUGAAGACUGGCCCCUUUCUAUCAGGCUGUCAGGUACUGCUUAUGUGGAAUUCGUUCUGAAGUGAAUUCUUUAAAGGAAGUAGGAGAAAUGCCUUGUCUUUUUCUUUUUCAGUUCGUUUUCCAGGAAAGUGUUGAAAUCUGCAGUGGGUGAAAGAAUAUAUUUUGAAUUCACUUAAAAAAAUAUCAUAAAGGAAAAAGUCAGCGUCUUUAAAAUCCAGGCUUCCUAAAAAAAGGAUCACGUGCUUUGGUGUAUUGUGAGUGAUAUAAUUCUGAUUUCCUUGGGGAAAGAUGACCAAGAGAAGGCAUGAGAAAGGCUUCAAGAAAACCUGUUCCUGCCCAGCAGUGAGGUUGGCCUGAACUUCCAGAGGCCUGGCUGCAGGUGCACUAGAUAUGGGAGGGACACAUCUGGAUCCUGUACCCUGGGAGCCACAGGUGACCUUUCCUGGGGAUUCUGCAGAUGGCCACAUCUGUGGUCAUGCAUUCAUCCAUUCACUAAAGAUUUAUUGAGCACCUACUAUAUGACGUGGACUGUGCUGUGCUCUGGAAAGGCAAUGAGGAGCCACAACCACAGCACACACCCUCUCGGAAUUUUGUCAGGGGUGGGCAGGGACCAGCCUGGGGUGGAGGAAGUUCAGGGGGGGCUUCCCUGAAGAGGUGAAGCUUGGACUGGACCUUGAUGUCUGGAUGACAGUUCAUUCAGUAGGAGGAGGUUCAGGCAGUGGGAACAGCAUAUGCAAAGGCCAUGAGGUGAGUGCUCUGCUCCCCUGAGGGACUGAGGAAAGUCAGAGAAGGCAGUGGGCUAGAAAGGUAUGGGUGAGGCUUGGGGGUGGGCAGGGCCUGGUGGCUGUGGUAAUAACUUUGGCCUCACCAAACGUCCGCAUGAAUCCAGGGGAGUGUUUUAAACAAGAGGGUGGCACCAGGCUGUAUUGUACAAGUCCCCUGGAGGGACUGCAAUGGCAGUAAAGCCAUUUGGUGGGUGGAUCCAUUUCCUUCCUCCUGACUUUCCUCCCUCUCUGUUAAGACUUCCAGCCACACCUGCUUUUCUCUAAACCAGACCUAUGCAGUCUUGCUUGCAUAUCACCUCAUGCAGUCCUCUCCAUAUGGAAUAUGUAGCAUCUCUCUCCUGCAUUUUUGCCAGUUAAACUGGCAUUCCCCGCCCCCCUCUUCCAUCCCAGACCUGUAGAAAUACCGACCUCCUCACCCAGUCACUCCCUGGCUGGUCCUUGACCAAGUGGAUAUCCAUCUUCCCACUGUGAAAACCAUUUGUUUUCAAGUUUGUUGAGCCAUGUGGCUGCAUGAGUUCUGGGCAAGCCACUGCGUGUAUGGUGUGCUGGCCAAUCGUGUGGACCUAGGACAGCUGCCUGGAGCCCAACUUGCCUUUGUUCCCUCCCACCUGUGUGACCUCCCGUCAAAUACCUCAUCUCUCAGGCCUCAGUUUCCCCAUCUACAGGAUAGACACAAUGAUCUCUGUGAGGAUGGUUGGGAGAAUUCACAGAGCCAGCCUGUAGGAGGAAGUGCUCAGAACUGGGUGCAGCCCACAGAAGAGCUCCAGAAAUGUCUGAUUAUUACAAGUGGGCAAAUGGCACGUGCCUGGGCACCAAAACAUUUUUGGCAAGAAUGUGAUGUUUCAAAAUAGGCGUUGUAUGUUGCCAGCAUGAGAAAAGUCAGGACUCCAUUGGACUUCGUGAUCCUUGUUUGAUGGUUAAGGUUAUUUUUAUUUACAGUGAUAUCUCAGUGCUUAGAGCCUGUAAGGUUCUAGGCCCUCUGUGUUCAUCUCGCCCAUCCCCUCAUCUCUCAGAGAGGACCCUGGGCUCAGAGGGGAUGGUGAGGGGGGUGGUUGUUCUAGGCCAGCCAGAGAGAAGAUAGCAGGGCAGCGCUCUUAUCUCCUGGUCAUCCCAUCUCAGAGUAGAUGCUUGUCCCCCGCCCCCCACCCCACUGCCGAAGACAGUGAGCCUCCUGAACAGAAGUGAGUCCUUCUAUCCCUAUCUCUAUGCUGCAUUUCUCUAAAGGUUCAGGCCUCUGGAAGGGGGCUCAGUUACCCAAUUUGGGGGAGCCGCUGGACACACAGAGGCUUCCCACACUGUGGACACACCAGGUCCCAGAAGAAUUCUGUGGCACAUCUCAAGCCAAAGGAUCCUCCAGCCCAGGGUGACCUCGCUGGCCUCAUGGGGAGGGCCCUGGUAGAUACUUGCUCACCCCAGGGUUUAUGUAAUGUCGUCUUUCCCAAUCGUCCUCAAAGCCAUGCUAUGACAUAAGCAAAUGUACGCCUCUGUCUGCCCCAAUGGCUGGCGGGUAUUUAUCGAGCACUUGCUAUGAGCUAGGCAUUUGCACGCAUUAUCCACCAAAUUACCCUCACUGUCCUCUUGAGACAGCACUUACCACUGCAUUUUUUAAAAAAUAGAGAUACAAGAUAUGUAUAUUAUCAACUUCACCAUUUUAAAGUAUAUAAUUCAGUGGGUUUUAGUAUAUUCAGAAGAUUGUACAACCAUCACCACUAUUUAAUUCAAAAACAUUUCAUCACCCCAAAAGAAACCCCAUACCCAUUAGCUGUCACUCCUUAUCCUUAGAUCUCUCCAGGCACUGGGGAGCACUCAGGUGCUUUCUGUCUCUAUGAAUUAACCUAUUCUGGACAUUUCAUAUAAAUGGAAUCAUCCAGCAACCUUUUGUGACUGGUUUCUUUUACUUAGUAUAAGGUUUUUGAGGCUCAUCCACAUUGUAGCAUGUGUCUGUACUUCAUUCCUUUUGUGGCUGAAUAAUAUUCCAUUGUAUGGAUAUACCACAGUUUAAAAAUCUGUUUUCUGCUGAUGGACAUUUGGAUUGCUUCCACUUUGGGGCUAUUGUGAAUAAAUGCUGCUAUAAAUAUUUGUGUGCAAGUUCUUGUGUGAAUGUAUGCUUUCAAGUCUCUGGGGUGUGUAUGUAGGCAUGAAAUAGUUCGGUGUAUGACACCUCUUAAUGUUUAACGGUUUGAGGUUCUGCCAGACAGCCUUCCGAAGCGGCUGCACCAUUUUGCAUUCCCACCAGCAGCCUGUGAGGGUUUUGGGUUUCUCCGUGUCCUCUCCAGUACUUGUUAUUGUCUGUCUUUGAUUGUAGCCACCUAGUGGAUAUGAAGAGGUGUCUCAUUGCAGGUUUGAUUUUGCAUUUUCCUGAUGGCUAACGAUGAUGAGCAGCUUUUUAUGUAUUUAUUGGCCAUUUGUCUGUCUGUUUUGAAGAAAUACCUAUUCAUUUCUCCUUUGCCCAUUUUAAAAUUGGCUUGUCUCUUGAUUGUUAAAUUGUGGCACUGCAGUCCACAGGGGAAACCGAGGCUCAGAAAGGGGAUGUGACUGGGCCAAGAACACUGAGCUCAUAAGCAAAUUGAGACCGGUAACUGGCUGGAUCUCCACCUCCCACCCUAACAGGUCAGAGAUCACUGUCUCUCUUCCCAGAUGAAUGGCCUCCUGCCUUCCAUUUUGACCCACUCACAAAGGUCACCCCAGGUCUUUUUCUUGCAUUUAAAGCAGUAGAGCCCCACAGCCGGAGGGUGGGCCGGAAAGACAUGGAAACAGCAGUUCUAAGGAACAAAGCUGGUCCUCUUUCCCCCUCCAAAUCACGCGGACCUAGCUGACGUGGCCCGGGAAGAGGGGACAGCCCGGGCCUGUGGUCGGGGAGCCUAUUUAUACUGGCUGGGCCAUGUUGCAAGCUUUUCCUGCUGGCGAGAGGGACGUCACUGGGUGCUGACCUCACCAGAAAUGCUGACGCAUCUUCCCCUCAUGCUUUGCUCUGUUGACCAGCCGGGUCUCCUCACCUUGGGGCCACUCCCUGUCCUCCUACACAUCACUGUCCCCUCCCACCAAGCUCUGGACACUCCCCCGUCGUCCCCACUCCCUGCAGCCCUCCAGCCAUGCCCUCCACUUGCGAGCUGUUAUAGGCUGAAUUUUAUCCCUUAAGUUUAUAUGUUAAAGACCUAACCCCACUGUACCUCAGAAUGUGGCUGUAUUUGGAGAUAGGACCUUCAAAGAGGUAAGGUGUAAUGAGGUCAUUGUGGGAGGGUGGGGCUAAUACAAUAUGACCGGUGUCCGUAUAAGAAGAGGAGAUUAGGAUAGACAGAGGGCCAACCAUGUGAGGAGAUGAGAAGGCAGCCAUCUACAAGUCAAGGAGAGAGGCUGCCAGAUGAAAUCCACCCUGCUGACACCUGGGUCUCAAGACUUAGGACGGCGCCAACAUGCCUUCCUAUUGUUUAUGUCCUGCCAUCUGUGCUCCUUUGUUACAGCAGUCUGCGCAAACUAAUAUAGAAGCCCUCUUUGCCUUUGGUGGCCUUUGUCCCUGGGGCCUGCACACUGAACCUCGGUUAGCUAUGUGCUCAGAGCGUCGUCUUUUAGACUUGACAGCCCUGGUUUGAAUGCCCCCUCCUCUUUUUUCUUUUUUUUUUUUUAAGUUUAUUUAUUUAUUUUUUUAGAGAGAGAGAGAGGGAGAGCACACGUGAGCAAGUUGAGGGGCAGAGAGAGAGAGAAUCCGAAGCCAACUCAGCUGUCAGUGAGAGCCUGAGGCAGGGCUCGAGCCCACAAACUGCGGGAUCAUGACCUGAACCAAAGUUGGAUGCUUAACUGACUGAGCCACCCAGGUGCUGCUGAAUGUCGCCUCCUUUUAACUAUUCCCACACAGGGUGACACGGGGACGGGAAAGUAAAGGCAUGUAGCUCUCCCCCGAGUGUGGAGGUUGGUCCGCAGUAGCUGAGAGGGGCAAGAGGCUCUCCUGCUGGAUGUGGCUCUCCUGCUUGGAGCCAGGCCCCGAGCUUCUCGGUUUCCUCAUUAAAAGGAGCCAAAGCAUCCCUGCCUGGGUGCUCUCCCUCUCAGGGCUGUUGCAAGAUGAGAUCAGGGAUGUGAAAUGAAGAAGGAUCCCAGCUUGGCUUGGGCCCCAGGAAAUAGUCUUGCGGGGGUGGGCACAGAGAUGAAUUUAGCAGAAGCAACGUUCUCAGGAGGAGAAUCCAGAACUGGCCUUUGGGGGUGGCACUGGUGGGUGUGGUAAGCACCAUGCUGGGGUGCCAGGGAGUGGGUGGGGGGUGACGAACAGCCUCCUGGGCGUGGAGGUGUGUCUGGUUUUACCCACUACUGGAUCCUUAGCACUUGGGAAUGGCUGGCUCAGAGAAGGGCCAAAUAAAAGUUUUUUGAAUGGGUAAAUGAGUGAUGUUAAGUGUAUAUACAGAGGAGAGAACAGGUAGGAAUAGCCUUGGUGGUCAUGAUGGGUGCUGGGGACAUGGAUGGACAGGAGGGUGUCCGACCCUCUUCCUUCCUGGCCACCUCAGCUCUCCUUGUUCAGGCUCCACGGGCCCAAUGCUCUCCCCAGCUGGAGCAGCCCAGGCCUCCCUGGCAGAUUCCAGAGGCCCCACCCUGGUUCCCAGCCUUCCGAGGCCCCCCUCCCCACCGGGCUCCUGAGGGUGCAGGCCACAGACCCCCUUCCGGGCCUGGUAGAUAUGCUGCGGGUGCCAGGCAUGACCUGCAUGCCUGAGCCAGCAUUUCCGCCCCCUUGUCUGCCCUAGCCCAGGCCUCCUUCACCCUAGGCAAAGUAACAGGUAGACUAGAGAGGCGUGGUCUCCAGGGUUCCUUCACUCUGACGUCCAGAGGUCUGCGAGAAGCUGAGGACCAACCCACAAUCACUAUCUUUCAGAGAAAGUGAAACCUGGUCCCCAACCGUCACCACGGCGACUCCCCCACCCUGGCUUCCCCUCUGAGCUCACAGCUUCCCCAUCUCCUCCGCCCCCCACACCAUCCCUCAACAGCUAGUACUUGGAAUUAGACUUUCAGCUUUCUUUUUUCCUUCAAAGGACUUUUGCCUUUUAUGUCCAUGACAGCAGCAGCUCUGUGAGCCUGAGCCAGGAAAUACUGUUUGAACCCUCCUUUUACAGGUGGGGCCUCUGAGGCCCAGAGAGGUUAAAUGACUUGCCUCUGGUCACACAGUAUGUCAGCCCGCUUGAGCCCUAACCUCCUGUUUCUCUUGCUUUAAGCACCUGUUUUCCCCCAGAAGACCCUGUCUGUAAAGAAAGGGCCUAGGUAUGGGCAAUGGGCCUGGGAUAAAGAAGGUUUGUUGCAAGGGGUUUGCAUGAUGGGAGAAAGGAGAUGGCUGGGAGCCCCACUGGGGGAUGCAGGUCCUGGGGCCAGAACCACAAUCUCGGGGCUGCCAGCCUGGGUCUGGCUCUGUGCCCAGAGCCCGGUGGUUUCCGCUCACAGAUGUCCCAACAGCCCCAGCAGGAGGGCGGGAAGGGCACUCAAGAAGGAAGACGUCUCGCUCCCCUCAGUCCCAAACCACAGUGGCUGCUGAGGCUGGUGGCUCCUGGGCCAAGCCUGGCCUGCGGGCCCUCUGAGGCCCCAGUUGGCACACUCUCCCCUCUAUCCUGGGCACAGCUCCCUGCACAUGGCUCGGACCCCCAUGUUCCCUACUCACCCCAGGAAGCCUGGGGCUGCGGUUUGCAUCAUCCUUGGGUGUGGGGCUGACCUCGAAGAACGAAUUCGAAGAAAACAGGAGGAGGAGCAGGCAUGCCACCGCACCCAGCGCCCAUUGGCCGCCCGUGGAAACUUUGGUUUUUGGGGUCAUGUUCCCAGAAGGCCUGCCCCUCCCCCCACUCCGCUCCCCACCCACCUCACGAGGUGUUGGCCAAUCGCCCUGGCGGGCAUAAAGUGGCUGCUAGCCCGCAGGGCUCCCAGCCAGGAGGUGUCACCCCCAGCAGGCGCCGGCCGGAGCUCGGGCACCCAGCAUGCGGGCACAGCUUAUGCGGAGGACGCUGCUCAGUCUGGUCCUUGGACUCCUGUUCCUGAGUACGCCGGCAAUGGGCAGCUGUUUGGACAACUACCAAGAGCUCCUUGGGCAGCUCCAGAAGCAGGCGGACUUCAUGCAGCACACCAGCAUGCUCCUGGACCCCUAUAUCAGCAUCCAAGGCCUGGACAAGGAUGGUCUGAAGAAGCACUGUCGGGAGCGCCCCGGGGUCUUCCCCAGCAAAGAUGCCCUGCAGCAGCUCAGCAGGCAGGAAUUUCUGCAGAUCCUUAACACCACACUGGGCCACGUUCUGCACAGACUGAGAACUUUACAGAAGGACAUCCCCAAAGCCCAGGACUUAGAGAAGCUAAAUAUAGCAAAGUUAAACAUUCGCGGGUUCAAGAACAAUAUCCACUGCAUGGCCCAGCUGCUUCCAGGCUCCUUGGAGAAGACUGAGCCCACUCCGACAGGCCCAGGGGCUUCUCCGUCACCCACCCCCAUCUCAGACGCCUUUCAGCGCAGGCUGGAGGGCUGCAGGUUCCUGCAUGGCUACCACCGCUUCAUGCACUCAGUGGGUCAGGUAUUCCGAGAGUGGGGGCAGAGCCCGAGUCGGAGCCGGAGACACAGCCCCCGCCGGGGCCUGCGGAAGGGGAAGCACAGGACGCAUCUCUCCAGCAGGAACAAAAGACUCAUGCCCAGAGGGUGGUUGCCCCGGUAGCCUUAGGGGUACCCCUGACAGAUAAAGGACUCACAGGUAUUCUGUAGGAUGGCCCAUCCCCGCCAGCCUCCAAACCUGCUCUCCUCUGUUCCCCCCCCCCCCUCAGAAGCGCACUUUAAGGGGUGGGAGCCAAGCAGGCCCCUCUACCUCCUCCAGGCGGGGAAGGUAGGGUUAGACCAUUUAACCCCCAGCCCUGAGUUCCCCAGUCUCGGUGGGAUGGCCAGGUCAGGCCACGCGGGGCUAACUUUCCAUUGAUUCAGGGGUCUGAUGACACAGGCUGACUCAUGGCCAGACUGACUGCCCCCCCUGCUCUGCUCCCCAGAGGCCUGUCGGCCCUUCCCUCUCAUGACUUGCAGGGCUGUUGACCCCAGACUUCCUCCUUUCCAUGGAGGCAUGGUUCCGAGGGGGAGGUCAGGGCCUGAGCUGGCCUCUUAUGCCUCAUUGACAGUCUCAGGCCAGACACCUGGACAUCUGGGUGACCUCAUUUUAGGCAGCUGUGACACAGGCAGAGUGUCCUAGAAGGAGUGCUGAUUGGGGUAGGGUGUCUAAAAGUGGGGCUCAAGGGCCAGCUCAACCCCUCUCACUGUGUAGCCUCGGGAAGACCACCUUACCUCUCUGGACUUCAGUUUUCUUUUUGUGAUUCAAGAGAGUUGGGACCGUGUAAAGCCCUCUCUGCUUGCCAGUAGCUGGGAUUCUAUGACAUACAGUGGAUAUCAAAUGCAGUGCAAAUGGACAUGGAGUAAAGACCUAGUGUCUGGAAGUACCCAGUCUUGGGUCCUGGCUGCUGGCUCCUCCCCCUGGUGGUGCAUCAUGAAAUUUUCUCAUGCUGAAGCGAGGGAGUCCCAGAAGCUGCUGGGCCAAUUCUUUGCAGGAAUAUGAUUAAUUUAUCAAUUUUUAUCAGUUUUUAUCCGUUUCCUAUUUAUAAGGCUUAUUUAUGAUAUGUAUUUAAUGUUAAUAUUGUGCCAACAUAUAUUUAAAACUUGCCUGGUUUCUAAAGUCCCUGUGUCUCUCUGUUGCCUUGUGGGAAAGAAUUUGAGGGAAUCUAGCCUCUUGGAGGAAGGUGGGGGGGCCUCACCAUGGGGGUGUCUCAAACAGGGCAUUUAUUGUGUCUGAAUGUGACUCCCUUGAGAUGCUAGGGACUAGAGGGUUUGGGAGCAAGAGAGGAGGGAGGAAAGCUGGAAUGUGUGGGCCCCUGUAGGUGUGUGCCUGGGGGGUAUGUGUGUUUAUGCGUGUUACGUGAAAUAGACAAGAUAGUAACAGACCCUGCCUCAGACAUGGCCUGUGACCUGCUGUGCGCUUGAACCUGUUUCUUGAAGGGCUCCUGGCAGGACUCUCUGCAAUAGAUAAGAUCCACUUUGCAGAUAAGAAGACUGAGUCUCAGGGAGACUGAGUUACCUGCCCAGGUCCUCAGAACAUGUUUUCUGGGAGGGCGGACACAUGCUGAAUUCAGGUCUGUUAGAUGCCAGAGCAUCUUCUGUUACUCUUCAACCUCUGUAACUUGGCCAGCAAUGUCAUGAGUCCCUAAGGGCACAGAGCUCCCAGGCUAGGGGGCAGACAGGCAACAGACAUGCAGAAGAACCAACUCAGGAUAUUGGGGUAUGAGCUCUGCAAAACGAAAUCGGGUGAUGUAAUAGAGUGAGAACCUCAGGCAACAGGCAUGGCCCUGGGAGAGGUGAAGCCUCUCCAUCCACUCUGAAAUCUGAAUGGCACAGGAGAGGGGGUGGGGCCCCCAGGUGGCAGAAACAGCUAGGGCAAAGGCUCCAAGAAUUCCAGGAUCAGCAUAUAGUGAGCCAGGGGCGUCACUGAUUUAUAUCAAAAAGGCCCGGAGAAAGGAAGCAUCUUGCUCAAGAUCACAGAGGGAACUCCAGCACAGAACUCCGGACCCUAACUCCCAACCAAUAGUCUUCUCGGCAAUGCCCAAUGUGUUCCAGGUGAACUACCAAGUCCCCAGUAAGAGCUUUCCACCGUCUCCCACUGGGCUUUCCCUUGCUCUUGAGGAUCUGCCACACAGGCCACCUUUUGGCUCUCGAUAUGCCCAGGGCUCUGUCCUACCAUGAAGCCUCUGCUUAUGCUGUUCCCUCUGUCUGGAACACCGUUCCCUGUCAUUUUGCUCAGUGCAUCUUCAGCUAUUCUUCCCUACCACCCAUGGUCUGGAUCCAGCAACUUGGUUAUUUGUCCUCAUAAAACUGUCCUCUUGGGAGGCUCUUGCCUGCUGUGGUGCUUUACCAUCUGCCUCCCACACUAGCCUAGAGCUGCCAAGAAUGUGGAGACAGCAGCUGCUUCCCUUUGCUCCGCCUCAGCACCCAGCACAGGGCCUGCACUCAGUAGGAGCUCAGCGAGCAGCAUGCCAGAGAGGCUGGCUUGGGUGGUACCAUCCCGGUGCCACCAACGGCAGGGGGCCGGGCCUCUCUCUUUUCUGCCCUGCCCCGGCAUAGGGGAGGGGGGGCUUUCCUCAGGCUGAGUUGCUGGGAAGCUGUGGGUGGGAGGUGGCAGACGCCGAAAACCAGGCACGCUCAGGUUCUCAGAGCGGAAGGGGAGCUGGCGCUGCGGCAGGUGUGCGGUUGCCCACGGAGUGAGCAGAGGUUGGUCUGUGGAGGAAGAGCUGGGAAGCCCAGGGUGGCUGCCCCCUACCCCUGCCUGGGCCCCUUGCCAACCCCUUACUCUGUGGAUAAGCCUAAGGAGAGGUGUCUGACUUUGAGCUGGAACAGCACCCACUCCAUAGGAAGCAGAUCAGGGAGCUCCAGAAUCUGGGGAGGGAGUUUCAGGGGUCCCACCUUUGAGGACUUGUCAUCUCUAUGUCAUACCCUGAUGAGACCACAGCUGCAGGUGCCCCCAAACUGCCAUCUCCAGUCUGGUGCUCUCCCAAGCCUACAGACUCGACUUCUAGGAACCUCUGCCGGGAGCCCUGUGCCAAAGGCCUCAGGGCCUAAGUCACCUCCACCCCACACCUGAUUUCUGCUUCCUAUUUGCCCCCACAGAGGUUCCAGAGCCCCAGUCCUCACCGUCACCUCUCUCAGCUUCUCCCCUGUCCGUUGAUCACAAGGUCCCUUGAUCUCUCCCACAUCCCAUCUCUGGCACAUGCCUCCUGCUCUCCCGACAGCCAGCCAGGUCCUGGCUCCCUGGACAUGGUCA